AUGAACCCUAACAAAGUGUCCACUUUGAUUACGCAUAAAUUAUCACAAACACUGCUACUCGUCGACUUUCCGCAUGAAUCAACGUUUCAAGUGAGCGGUUGUGAAGACGUCAACACAGCGCCAAAGUGCUCAAUUUCAGGGCGUUGUCGUCAAAAACCGUGUAUCGACUGGUCUGUUUCACAUACUGAAACGAUGGAAAGAUUCCGAUCAUGAGAAGGGCUUCGUUUGGGAAAAGGGUGAACCCGCUUAUAACAAAGGGUUUGAAAGUGAGUGAGGCGAAGGUUGAAAAUGAACAAGAAAGUGAAAAAGAGUGUGUCCACAGGUCUUGCACGUUUUCUACAAUUGGAGAAUGUUCAAGUUUUGCCCAAGCUCUGCCAAGAACUGGCCCAUCUUUUUGCGAGAGAAGAACGGCUCCGAGGUUGGAAAUCGCAGUGAAAUUUAAAAAAAGAUGCACAAAAUUCAUUUUCAGACGAACACAAAAAGGAGAAAAAGUCUUGGAGACAGAAUGAAAUUGGACAAGAAUUGAGCGAGAUGAAAAAGUGCAUGUUUGCGUUGAUGGAAAACGGUAUUACUCCUCGCGAGCUCACGACGACCAAAAACGUAGAAAGGGGCGUGGGGCCUAGCGUGCACGGUGUAUCACCAUUUUGGCGCGAAAUUCGAAAUUUAACCCCAUUUUUCAUGUUUUUCGUAAAAAAUUACCCAAAUUUUGUACGAUUUCGGCGAUGUAAUUGCAUAACUUUGUUAAACUAAUCAUCGCGCGCACUUUUUGAGCUUAAAACGAGCAGGUUUCAUUCAGAGAAUGGCUCAAUUGAAUCGAUUUUCAAGUUUUGCGCUGAAAAUGCGCGAAUUUCAGUCAUUCGCCGAUACUUUGUAUUAACGUGCUUAAUCACUUCCGACACUCACUUCGUCUCAAAACUAUCCAGAUCGGCCGGUAUGAAAAUUCCGAAAUUGCGGCGGCGAUUGACCGCGGAGGGCGUAUUGCGAAAUAAGCCAAAAACGUCUCAAACGCGGCGUUUUCACGAAAAUUUCAAUAUUUUCUCUCUUUAAUGUCUCUUCUUUCGUCGAUAUCAAACACAAAAAUGGCGGAAAAGUGCUGGAAUUGCGGCAAUUUUCAGAAAACGCGUCUCAGAUUAGGCCACGCCCCUUUCUACACUUUUGGCGCCUCGUUCAAUUCAUUCAAUUCAAACGCACUUUCAGAUGUCGUCGUGAAGCUGCAAGACCGAAUUUAUGAAUGUUUGCAAGCGGUUGCGAAACCAUCAUCUCCUAAUUGGAAAUACGGAGGAACUUCAUUGAACGGGGAGGAGAACGAAGAGUUGCUGGGAGUAUACUGGAUUGGACACCACUUUUGCGUGAAGCAACUUUUUUCGCAUGAAACCUACGAUUGGGACGGACGUGCGGUGAAGAAUCUGAUCACCGCUGUUAUCAUACCACGAAGCGAGUUCGAAACGCGAGUGAAUCAGCUACGUAUCUCUGAAGUUUACCCUGAUGAGACACCGAUUCAUAACGAUGAGUCACUGACAAUCUCUCCGUUGCAUUGCGUUUUAGCAAAGGACGGUGACAAAGUUGUUCACACGAUAAGUUGCAAAAGUCCGCAGAGGUACAUGUUCGUGAUGCAAUCUUCCGCGAGUUCCAAAUUCGGAAUUCGGCCUUCUGCUGAUUUCGUGCACGGAAACACUCAAAGAAAAAUAACAAUAACUCGAAGAUCGGGAUCCGAUUCGCCGUAUUACAUUUGUCUUCAGUUUGCCAAAGCCCCAAGUGAUGCCAAUUAUGCAUUUGAUGCAUUUCGAACAGUUUUUCCCAGUGGCCGCAUCUUUAUCACUGUUUUUAGCAGCUGGGAACAGUUUAGAAACUAUAUGUAGAAAAUUCGUUGACUUUUUGUGUUAUUUCAAGAAUUUUUGAUACAUUUUUUGUCACACCUGCUCUAUUUUUUACAAUAAAAUAUUCGUUCCGUCCUUCCAAUUGUCAUGAAGCAUAAUUCUGCUGAACGCGUCAAAAGAAGAGCCCGCGCGGACUUUUGACAACUUUUUCGUCGAUUUGUCCCACCGCGAAAUUUUUUUUUCGUUUUGCCACACGCAUCACUGAUCACAAGUGUAACUUUGAUCUCCCGUGUCACUUUUCCCGCACGAGCACGUGUCUUUCUGCACUUUUCUCGCGCGCAUCUCUUUUUUUCUCUAAUUUCACCGCGGCGUGCGCGUUUUCGGUCCAACUGGUCGAAUUUUUCGUGGCGAUCGAGAGAAAAAUCUGGCAGUUUUUCUAUGCGUUCUCAGAUUUUAGACGAAUUUCAGCCAAUUUCAGUAGAAUUUCAGUGCAUUAAAUUUGAGCCUGCAAAUUUACCGUGACGGUGUUUGCACAGUUCGCCCGUGUACUUCUCUCGGACAAAACUUUAUUUUUCGUUAUUUCCGCUUAAAAAUUAAGAAAAUCAAGGUUUUCAGCCGAAUUUUCCAGUUUUCUUGCGUUUCAAAAAUCGAAUAGCAUUUUGUGAACAGGAAAAUCAUAGUACCAGUUGCAGAAAAUGCCUCUCGUCGGGUUCAUCGGUCUUGGCAACAUGGGCGGCCAUAUGGCGCGGAAUUUGCUGAAAAACGGCAAGAAACUGAUUGUCUACGACGUGAACAAGGCCGUCGUGGAGCAAUUCAAGGUAUUAUUAGGCCUCAAAUACCGGAUAAGCGGGAAUUUUGCAGGCGGAAGGCUGUCAAGUGGCCGCCCAUCCGGCCGACAUCGCCGCCGCUUCCAAGGAAAUUGUGACGGUCCUGCCGAGUUCGCCGCACGUCAAAAGUGUCUAUCAGGGCGAUUCCGGUAUUUUCAAGUAGGCUUGAAAAUUGGUUUAAUCUAAUUUUUCCAACUUGGCUCGAAAAAAUGGUCAAAUUUCCAUUCAAAUUUUUCUAGGACGAUCCAACCGGGCACUCUGUGUAUGGACUCCUCCACAAUCGAUCAGAUCGUCUCAUUGGAAGUGGCUGAGGCGGCCGCAAAGCUCAAGGCCGAGUACAUUGAUGCGCCGAUUUCCGGCGGAGUCACUGGUAAUUUUGUAAAUGAUAAACAAUUACCGUUUGCCCUCAAUUUUGCUGCAUUUUGCGGAAAAUUUUGAAAGAAGGUGCUGAAAAUUCGCCGAAAAAUCCAAUUUCAGGUGCCCAAAACGCAACGCUCACUUUUAUGGUCGGCGCGGGCAACGACAAAACGUUCGCGCGCGCCCAGGAAACGCUCAGUCUGAUGGGCAAGAAUAUUGUGAAUUUGGGCGCGGUCGGCAACGGAACCGCCGCGAAAAUCUGCAAUAACAUGCUGUUGGGCAUCCAAAUGGUCGCCGUCGCCGAGACUAUGAACCUCGGAAUCUCGUACGUUUUCAGCGUUUUUCAAAAAACCCCGUGUUGUCUUGCAGGAUGGGUCUCGACGCGAAGGCGCUGGCCGGCAUCAUCAACACAUCGUCGGGACGGUGCUGGUCGUCGGACACGUACAAUCCGGUGCCGGGAGUGAUCGAGGGCAUCCCGUGCGCGAAGGGCUACGCGGGCGGAUUCGGCACCCAACUAAUGGCCAAGGACCUGUCGCUGGCGCAGAACGCGUCGACGAACACGCAGGCGCCCACUCCGAUGGGCUCGCUCGCCCACCAGAUCUAUCGUAUUCUCGCCCGCGAUCCCGUCUAUCAGGCCAAGGAUUUUGGCGUCGUUUAUCAAUUCCUCAAGAAACAGAACGUGUAG